UGGAAGGCCACAACUGCCACCAACUUUCUAGGUGCACCAUCCGAGAUUAUCCCAAUUAUGAAUUGUCACGAGGCAGAACGAGAUAUGACAUCCAUAGGAAUAAGAUUUUGAUGAAGACACAAGGUGGAUUAAGAAAACUAUGCUUGUAAAUAAGGAUGUAAAGUUGGAUCUGUUAAGACAAAGUGUGAGGGCCGGAACGGAGAGAGAGCCGUCUUAGGCCGUCCCGGCUUGAAGCUGAGGGACCAUGCCAUGCCAAGUCGCUACAACCCUUGUACUACUCAGUGUAUGUAAUCUGGCAAACUGGAUUACCUCUGCCCAAGCAAACGCGGGUCUGUUAGCAAGUACACUUUACACAUUUCAAGGAUACGCCUGUGAAGGAGAGGUGUUGAAAAUCAAGUGCCCAGAGACCACCAAUAUAACCAUCCAGUUUGCCCAAUUCGGGCGACACAUGCCGAGCCGUGACAUGUGCCCACCAAGGAAAACUCAGCUUAAAGAUUUGUUAUCGCCCAAGCGUGAAAACACGAACUGUCUGGCCACAACUUCCUUAAAGGUGUUACUGAAGCUGUGUCAGGACCGCCGUCACUGCCGGGUGGUCGCCACCCCCGAGACCUUCACACAGGACCCCUGCCCAGAAACCAGAAAGUACCUGGAGGUGGCCUACAAAUGUAGACCAAAUGAGUUCAAGACUAAGACAGCAUGUGAAGGGGAGAGGUUAGUGCUGUGGUGUCGCCGCUCUAUGAGGCUGGUCAUCUAUUCUGCCAUGUUUGGCAGGACUCCCCGAGGGAGCCCCCAGUGUCCAUCAUCAGGGGGAAGAGAUACUGACUGCCAGUCAGGGAUGGCUAUAGAAGCUGUGAUGAAGAAGUGUCAUGGCCGUAAGCACUGUACUGUAGAUGCGGACAUGGAGGUGUUUGGGAACCCCUGUGCUCAAGGCACCAGCAAAUACCUCACUGCUAUUUAUACAUGUGUGCCAAAGAAUAUUCUGAAGGAUAUGGGUCACAAGUCUGGAGGGCGUUCCCCUGGGGGCGGUCGGAAGAGGCAUCGUAGUAAGGGCAAGGCAGUGGGACUUGACGGCCAGGCCAGCUACAUUCCCAAACCUUCAACGUUCCAUUACGAUGCUGCCAUGGCGGCCGCCACUGUCACAUUCUCAUCAUCCACUGUCACCACGACAAAACCACUGCAGGUGCUGAGAACUCAGGCACCCACAACAACCACAACUACAUCCACGUCAUCUCCUGGUCCCAUUUCUGUCAUCACCGAUCAGAAACAUCCAUCCUCAUCAGUUUCCAACUCGGAUUCGCUAUUGACAGAACUGGAGUCCAUAUCUUCACCUGAACUACAGGGAGUGGCAACUGUGAACUGUGUGAAUGUGACUGCCACAGUUGUCUCCCCUAGCAUCGUUACAAACUCCAGAGCCAUUGGGUUUCUGGCAGAUUGGAUAACAAUAUUACAGUAUUUACACAAAAAUCGUGAAAGAGCCAUAUUAUAUUUAGUGUUAGGAGCAUGUGCUGGACUCAUCAUAUUGUUGCUAGUGGUGAUAAUAAAACUAUUGAUAGAGCAGAAGCGGAAUGCUCGAGCUAAGCUUGACAUUUCUGAACCGUCCCAUCCGCACACCUCCAUGAGGAGUCACAUAGAGGACAUCCAUUCUCUGGACCACUCGGACUCUACUGCAGAUGUAAUAGAAGUGGUUCGGUUUAGUCCACGCGGAACAUUGCGCAGUGAGCGCACAGGACCACUCAGUCUUCAUAAUGACUCCACGUCACGGAGCCUUAAUAAUUAUUACUAUGGUUAAACCAUUACAGAGUUUCUCUGAAGAGCACUUAUUUAUUACUUUAUGUGUUGGAUACCUGUGAUCCAUUGUGGACUUUACCCUAAUCUUGGUGAUAAACAGAAAGCUACAGGCUUCUGUAGUGAAUAUCCUAAAUGAGUUGCCUAUGCAUCAACUGGGCAAUAAAAAGGAGCAUUUCAGUGGAUGAAACCAAUUGAUUUCCCCUCAGUAAGCCUUGGUCUGAUUGGCUAAGGAACAAGAAAACAGGUUUCCUGAUUGGCUCAUACCAGAUAAACUGCACUCACAGAUGAUUGGAUGGGAAUGUUGUUGGUGUGAAGUGAAUAUUCCUUUCAGCAGGGAGAGAGUGAAUCCAUAUCCCUUGAAAUGCCAACAGAAAGAAAUUGGCUGUAAUAACAGUAACAAGUUAUGUUACCUGAGCUCUUUAAGAGUAGGGAAAUUUUCAGAAAAAGAUCAACACUUCUCGUUGGUGAAGAAAAGUGGAUUGAGAUACAGCUGUCAUUUAAAGCCGAGAACUGACCAGUCCACUACUAGAUGGCGCAUUCCAGACGGCAACACAGCUGCCUCGUAAUGUGGAAUGUACUGCCUUGAGUACUCGAUAGUCCACAUUAUAUUACUUGUGACAUAAGUGUAUUAAAUGAUAUCAGUGAAAAUCUGUGCAGUUUAACAUAAACUUGCAUGCAAGAAAACAAAAAGUGGUGAAUACCCGAAAAUCAUAUAAAUUAGAUGUAUCUGAAUUAUGCUAUUUGAUUUUUGAAUGCUACUGUGGGAAAGUGAAGAAAAUUUGGCACUAUGCGCUAUUGUGAAGUCAGAAUCUUGAAUUACAUUUUUUUUUGCUGCUUAAUGGCGGUGUAUAAAUGAACAUAUGAAUUCAUCAAAAUU